AAAGUAAUGGCUUUCUUAGUAUACUUGACAGAGAUUAACGACACUUCUAAGAAGCACCGGAACUUUUAUUCUUGUUGAUCAAGGUAAUUCCGUGCGGGCUUUUUUUCCCUAAUUCGAUUCGCCAGGAUAUAUUACAUAUCUUCCAAAUAAACACGUGAAAGUUUAUAUAUAUAUAAACUACAUAAUUUCCUGACAUUACCUAUGAACGCUUUAGUGAGCAUAUUCGUUUGUAUUUAAAUGCUUUUCUAUUAUUUAAUUUUGUGUCAAUCCACUGUCAAGGGUGUGAUUUGUUCUUCACUUUUCACAACUCCGUGUAGUCUGCUUAAUGACAAACAGUAAACACACUCGAAACAUCAGGUUAAUUUAGAAAAAGAGCUAAAAUGGAGGUUGAUUUAGUUGGCUUAUAGCAAGUUUGCUGUUAAGGCGUUUCAUGUCACAUUCUUACUGUUAAUUCCAGGCGCAUUUCCGUAGUUUCAGAUUUUUUUGAUCAGCCACUGUCUGAGAUUUCUCGAGUGGUGAUCACUAAUACAGUUUACGUAGUUUGGCAGUCUUCUAUGACCCAAUCAAAAUUGAGAGAUCACGUGGUUUGUCAACUAGUUCCUCAUUCCAAACCAUAGCGUGAAAAUACGCGAAGAAAUUGGUUCCUUGUAAUUAGUUUGACAGUACAUAAGUUGCUAUCGAUAACGUAACUGUAUUUCUCAGGCCCAACUAACUCAAACUCGAAUAAACUUAUUAUCGUUUUCUUUCUAGAAUUCUAUUUAAUCCUUGUUGUCUUGUUCAGUCUUCAGUUGAUAACUACUGACACAAAACAUUUCGACGGAAUAAGUACCUGCUCAAUUUUAGUAUCUGACGUCUUUCAGUGUUCGGGAAAACCCCACUGAAUCUUGCAUUAAACAUUACUUCAUGUAUUUCCCUGUUUUCCUGGUAACAUUAUUCGACCUUCUUACUCAGUCAACAAAUGAUUUUUCCAGUGAAAGGUGAGUUAAUUUAUUUCAAAUACUGUAUCAUUGUUUCACGUCUGUUGCAUUCUUAUUGAUGCAGUCACGAGCUAUAUAACUUAGCUAAUAACUCUGAAAACUUCUUUAUGAAGUGUGCGAUGGCUUAGUGUACAGUUUUAAAGAGACCAAUCCUUUGCUAUUUCAUCCAGUGUUGUUCUCGGAAAAUAAAACAUAUCCAGAAGGACUUGAGACGUGGCAAUCACUGAAAAUUUAUCUACUGGACUUUAGACCUUCUCAUGAACUGAAGUCCUACUUUGCUGCUUGCCUAGCAAAGAGGUUCUGGAAGCAUUAACUGAAUUCAAAUGUGUGUAGUCAGUCAAUUUCCUGGUCUGGUUAAAUUCCAUGUGCGCCUCCUUACAUGUCUCGUUUAGGGAUGUUCACAUUGUUGUUCAAACAUUCAUCGUUAUUCCUCGUUAAUUUAUUUGGAAGGCAUCUCUAUCAAACUCACCAAAAUCCAGGAGGCCACCAAUUUCUCUUCAGGCACUCAGCAAGAACAUGUACGCUUCGGUUAUAUUCCUCUCUUAACUUAGUUACCGUUCGCCAUAUGAUGCUUGAGUUUUUUUAGCCCCACAUUGAUGCUUGCAUCCUGUGGAACAACUUCGUUGCAGGACUGUUUUCAGCGGUGAUUUUCAAAAUCGAUGGCUCGUUAGGAGAAAAUUCUUUUACCUGUAGCUACGAGGCAAGCUUUUAAAUAUGACCGCCGAGGAAACCCGGAAGAUGAAACUGCCUGUCGAUAUCCCUAAUUUCCCUUAGUCUGUGGACGGGGUCAUCGGCACGUUCGUGGGUCAGCGGUUGGCGACUGAGUUGCAAUUGAUCUACCAUACAUAUUUUUCCCUUCACAGGCUCACUCCUUUGACCAGAAAAUUGGUUAGUAAAAUCUGGAAAUUCUAGCUCUCCACCGCAUUGAUAGAUCGUAGACUCGGUGCGCGCCAUUCCUUUGUUUGCCAUACAAGUAUCAAUGCAAAAGUACUGUUUUUCGUUUGGAAGCUAUUUUUCUCGGAAAGUAAGCUGUUUCGUUCGUUUUAGAAGAAGAUUAUCGCGAGUAAGGUUACCAGGAAGACUCACUACUUCUUCUCGGAAAGUUUUAAUGCCUACCAGUUCAGAUGGUGGAAACUUCGGUAUGGUCUUGUGUGAUCUUACUAAAUUAGUACUGUUUCAUUCUGUGCAUGCGAUGGCUUCAAUAGUGGAGAAUGAGAACUUGCCCGAGGCUUGACUUACAGACUUUCUGACUGUUUUAAAAGCUCAGUUGUUCUCGUCAUUAGAGAGGGCGGCAGCUGCAUUUUGGGUCCUGGCCCUGAAUUUUUGUCACACAACGCAUUUGUCAUUAUGCAACCAAAGCACUUUCGAUUCGCUUGUUUCGCUUUCUCGUCUUGCUGCCUCUCCGUAUCAUUGUCAACACAGCCAGAUCAAAAGCUGUCAGAUAGCACUACACAAGUGGAGAAUGCAGGUCUGCAACAAUCAUUAGUAAAAUUUUGAGGAUCACAACAAAGCAGAUUCAAUUUGCGAGUGUUUACGAUGAGUGCAAAAUGUCGGGAUUCAUCUGAGCAUCUGAACAGUUCAGAUGAAGUUACAAAAUUGCAAAGAGAGAUUGAGCAAUUGCAACAAGACAACAAAGUUCUUCAUAUUCGAGCACAAGGUGUUCAAGUUCUAGGCAAAGUUCUUCAAGAUUCACAGGAAAGCAAUGCCAGACUCCAAAAAGAAGUCCAGAAGUUGAAAUCUGACUUGGCUCAGAAAGGCAUUGAUUCAGCACUGGCUGAUCUUUCAGUCUGCACCUCUAUCAACGAUGACAGCCAAAGUACUACAGCUGAGCAGGGCGACAGAUAUCAUCUGUCCAUUGGGAGAAGCACUGAUAAUCAUGACUAUGUUAACGUCACAACAGUGUCUGAACCUCAGUCAUUAUCUUCAGGUUUUCCAUCAUUGUUGCCUGGAGAUUUUCACAUUAAGGAGAUACAAGCCGAGUUUCAACACAUCACAUCGGAGCUUGAUCAUCUUAUGAGAAAUGCACAGAACCUCCGUGAGAAUAUCGAAAGGUUACCAGGCAGUGACAGAGACACCGAGUUGCAAGGAAAGCUCACAAGACUGAAUUCUAAACUCAAUGAGUAUGUUAAAGAGGCACGAACAAGGGAGACCCUAUCUAGUGCAUUGCUUUCUGAGGAGGAGAAGUUAAAGACAAAACUGAUUGCAAUGGAGGCAGAACAGGCUUCUCAUGAAAAUGUGGUGCAACAGCUAAAGGACAAGAUAGGUAGAAGCAGGGAAGAAAUUGAGGAAAUUCAAGGUGAAGUAAAGUUCUUUGAAGAAACUGUUCACGUGAAAAGAGAACAAGAACUUGCUGCAGUAGCCCAUAAUGAGCCACUGUCAAUUGGUUCAGAGACAAGUACAACCAGAUCAACAUCCGAUGAGUCAAUUGUUGUAAAGACUCCACUUUCCCGGACUGGAUCAGAAGCUUGUGAAACCUGUGGUCAGUAUCAGCGACAGCUCGCUGAACUUCAGAGGCAACUACUAUUGGUUAAAGCAGAAAAGGAUGAGGCACUGAAACUUAAGGAAGAGAUACUUGAUGUGAAUCACAAAUGGGAUGAACAGUACAAACUGCUUUCCUCUGCUUCAAACAAGGAAAUUGCUGAUCUCAAGAACCAAAUUGAAAUGUUAAAAUCUGUUGACAAUCAAAGGAAUCCAGAGAUCAUGGAGAAAAUUAAGGCAUUGGAUGACCAUUGCAAACAGCUGGAAAGUGAAUUACAACAGAAACAGCUUGAAAUUAAUCGCAUGCAGCUGUCGAUGCGCAACCAGUCUGCACUCAAGUACCAACAGCCUCCAGCUCCUCAGAACACAUCCAUGGAGCAGCCCCUGUCCCAUCUGUCCCUACUUGGGGCUGCUGCCCCUCGUCCAAGUACGCCUACUCAAAGUUUGCCCUCCUGGCCUGGUACCACAGCCUAUGGGCAACAGAUUCCUGCUGAGCUUAUUGACCAGAUUGAGGUGCUGAAACAGCAGCUUAGAGUGUAUGCUGAUGAUUUUGCCACUGAGAGAGAAGAUCGUGAGAGGAAUCAGGCAGAGAAGGAAAAACUAAGGGAAGAAUUAGAUGCAGUUAAGGAACAGUUGCAGACCCUGGAGCAGCAGCUCCAAAUAUAUGAAGAAGACUUCAAAAGAGAGAAGAGAGAGAAAGAGAGUUUACAGCAACAACUGAGGGCCAAAAAUAGUGGAGGGAUGUAUCAGUACCAGGAUCCACUGGCACAGAGGGCAAGAGCUGUAGCUGAACAGCAAGCCAGAGUUCAAGCAAUUCGAGAGGUACAUGAUCGAGAGAGGGAAAGGUUGCUGAGAGGUCAGCAGGAGCUACAGCAGCAGGUUUAUGGACAGCAGCCAUAUUCCCGUAUUCAGUCUCAAUACAAUCCUUAUGGACUUAGUGGCUUGGAGUACACAACCCCGGAAUGGCAGCAGCAAAAUUAUCAAAGGGUUCCCAGGGGAGUUUUACCUCCCCGUGGGCCCAUUGCACACCCAGCAAGCCAAAGAUCAACAAGAACCUCCUCAAUGUACCAUGGAGGAGAGGUCCAACCUGACAACGACAUGGUAGAAGACGUUGUGGACUCACCAGCAGAUGGAAAUGAUGCCGACGCUGCAGGUGUUAAUGGCGAGGAUGAGAAGGUGGUUGGGCUGGAAGAAUGCCCUCGCUGCCUGAGAAAGUUUGAUGGAGAGGACAGCAACACCAUCCUUAAGCACAUUGAGAGGUGCAUCUCUUAAAAAGAAGAGUUUCAAAGUGUGUAUUGUUUAACACACUACCCUUGCAAGUAAUUUCUACAUUUGAAUCACUGUUAGUGGUAUAGUAGGGUAUUGAGCCUUUACCGCAAGGGCAUUUUGGAUGGCUCCUUGGUCAUCUUUGAUCAUCUUGCUGAUUAAUUAUAUUAUUUAUCAGCCUUUUGAACACCUAAGUUACCUGUAUCAGCUUAUAUAGUGUUUUCAAUAUUUAUGACAUACCUCACUUUUGCAUGCUGAGUUAUUUCAUGGCUAUGGGCAUUCAUACUUUAGGUCUGGUUUGCUCGUCUCAAUAAAUUGAGAGCAACCUAAAAUUAAUCUAUUUUGAAUCUUUUUUUUCUGCCAAAAUGCAGCUCACUUGUGUUAGAGAUGUUAUUUUGUAGCAUCAGGACUAUUAAUAUAUUUUUUGUAUCUAUGAAAGUACCCUGGCAUUCCAAGGAAAUAAUUCCUAGAAAGGGCGUAUCUUAAUUUGCAAUCAUUAUUAUUGUUAAUGAUUACUAUUUGCGAUAAUUAUAAGUGAUCUCGUUAUAUGACAGUUAAAGCGAGUGAGGGUUGGAUUUUUUAAUAAUGUUAUAGUCUCCUGAGCACUGAAGUGUUGCAUUUUGUAUGUACAUGUGAUAUUGAAAUACCUAGUGCUCGAUGUUUACGAUUUGACCAUACAAAAACAACAUAAGUUCAACGUGUAACUUUAUGCUCGUUAUGUGAUGUUAUUGUCUCUGACAAUCACAACAAUUUUGUCUUAUGAUUUUGGUUUUUGGCUAUUCGUAAUAUAGCGUAGAUUAUUGAAUUUGACGCGUUUCCAUAUUGAUAAUUCACGUCGUAACUUUGUCCCAAAGAAGGUACAACUGUAUAUGUACAUGUAGUUUGGUAUAGCUUUGGGUAUUUUGUACUGGUGAUGAGAAGAAAUCGCGCAUAAAGAACGUGGUAUAAUUUACUUUGAAUUGCCUUCCAAACAACUUCUAGGCAAAUUUACAGGCCAAGUCAUUUACAAUGUUUACUUCCCAGGGUGUUGUUUGGUAAUGUCGUUUUCACAGACUUGUCAAAUUCUAAUUACUAUACGCUGUAAAGCACCCUGAAACACCAGCUCUGAUUUGUAAUCAAUGUGCAAUUCACACUUGGUACAUGUCGUUUACAUGUGUGGAUACACCUCCUUCCACAUGCCAAGUAAUGUUAAUUCCUUAAAAGUACUAGAGGGUGAAAAGAGCCUUGACCUCUAGUUAUGUUUCAAUGGUAAGUUCUGGCGUCAUUCAGUGAAGAAGACGCCACUCCAAGGCAAAGAAUUAGCUUCGCAUUGCGUUUCAACCUACAGAUGGUUGGUAUUCAGCCAUUUCUAAACCUGGAGCCUCCAAGGGUCCAGUAAGAGAUUCUCAGCUACAUGCCUUUUGUUUAAGCAGCAUGUUAUUGCCAACAAGCCCUCCACUCAGUGAUCGUCUACACUGGCGUCAACAGGAAUCAUAAGACCUACAAUCACCACCUAUACCACUUGCUGAUACAGCCAGUACCUGUAGCAGUUUAUGCCAAGUUGACGAGUCUGAGAAGUUCUCUCCGCCCUUCACUUGCUGUGGGCAAUGAAAAAGUUCGGACCUGAGCAUAUCGAUGUCAUAAUGACAUACAGUACAACCACUCCUAAGUACACAUCAAGCUGGUUGACGUUAAACAUGACAACGAAUAUUGUGCUCGUACGCCGUAAAAGUUUGGCUCUAAGCAGGUUGUCGCAGCUACAUCUUGUCCUUUGGAAAGUGACAUGGACAAUGUACGCAUUGACGUGGUUCACUUACGCAAGCCUAAGAAUAUUGUAGUCGUGUACUGGUCAAUUGUCUCCGAAAGUUCGGAGUUGAAUAUGCCGAUGGUGGAACUUACUACGGUAACCUGGGUGUUGUACACCACUUACUGGCUGCCCAAGAUCAAGCCAAAGGGUGCCAUGAUCGUGCUCUAGUCAUUCGUUUGAAAAACCUCGGGCUUCAGAUUAUUCAUUUGACAAGUAUUUCCCAACACUUGGGUACUGUCUGUGCACAGUGACCUGUAUGACCUGAAACAAGCGAAAGAGUAUCUUGACGACGCACUCGCCAUUCUUCUGAAGAAAGCUCCACAUUGUUAUCUUGAUGUUACACUUAGUCUCAUCAAAACCAGUGGCGGGUUCGGCUUGCUUUGAUAAGCAAGUGUUGAUGUUGUCGUUGUUGUCGUUGUGGUUGUUUUUGUUAUUGUGGAUGUUUUUGCCGUUGUUGUUAAUGUGUGAUUACUAAGAGCGCUACAUGUACCACCUCUUUGGGAUGAGAUUAAUUGCAUGGAGAAAUACAUGUAUAAAUUGUCUGCUGCCGUCACCAACGUUUCUUGAUGUCGGGAAAAUUUUUUAUUUUCUAAUUUUCUUGUUUAAAACUUUUUCUCUUGUUACCGCAUGUUAUGCUGACACGAGAAAAGUUGAUAUUUUUAAAAAGGCUUAUUCAUCUGCCAUUGCUGAAUGUUCAAGGAAAUGUUCCGUUGAGUUUUUUCAGUUCUAUGACGUUCAACGAUACAGUAAAAUCCCCAUUUUAUUAUUGUUUAUUAUUACUGAUUAUUCCAAGCAAUCUUAUUAUUAUAUAUUGUUCCAAUGCUCCCUUGGCAAAGCAGUUAGGAGAAAUUUACCCUCGAUUCUGCUAGCCUGUGGAUUGCUCAAAGCAUUUUCUUCCCAAGAGGGCUCGAAAAUUCGAAAUUCCACUCUAGAAGAACGAGAUCGUGUAACUAAGACAAACGGGCGAUGUUCAUUAAACACGUAACUUGAUUAUUUAUAGAAAAGUUUACUGAGUAGUGUAGGAUCAGAAAAUAUAUAAAACUACCAAAACGG